AGACAUGGCACAGUAGACUGUCCGAUAACUAUUUCAAGUCCAGAAACCAGUCCACCCAAAAAAAAAAGAAGAAGUACCCUGGUAUGUAGAUUAUUUUAGAUAGAAAGAAAUCAUUAGCAAAAACAAUCACUUAUCCCAAAGCACAUGGUAUUGAGAUGUUCUUUUUCACUUGUACUUUUGCCAUGCAAUCCUCAGUACCCAAUGAACUUUGGAGAAGAUUUCAUGGUAAUACGUGAAUCGUCAGGUCAAUCCUAAUUUUUCCAUAAACAAAAUGUGUUAAGUGUUACCCUAUUAUUGAAACGCUUAGACACCAUUAAUUGUUAAUAGUUGGAAUGGUCUGUGUGUUUUCACAUGGUCUUCCACAGUCCGAAUUGUUUCCCUGUUAAAAAUGAUGUGUCUUGCUUGGCACUUCUUAGCCUGAAACCUCGUGUAUGCGCCUUCACAUUCUUGUUGUUUUAUUUUUAAAUUUUCUCGUAUUUUGACAAAUUAUACGCCCAAGUUAAUGCUUUGUCAUCGUCUUGUUAUUCAUUAUUUAGGACACGCGUUAAUGUCGAUUCUGCUACCAGAAGACAUCUUUUUCGAUGCGGAUGAUGAUGAACCACUUGAGGUAUAAAAUUACAUAAUUCACAUCCGUUUGAUGGUAUAUUGAUAACUAGAGCAACAACGAAUUUAUUUUCCUUAUUAAAUGAGAGUUGCUUUUCCCUGAAUUCUCGUAUUGCUUCUAUGUACAAUUUACUGAAUGGGAUCGUUACAUAUGAAUCAUAUAUACUUCACCAGGCUCUGUUCUCAUAGCCUCUCUCAACCCAGGACUGUAAAUUUGGGUACGGGCGAACGUUGACAUUACCUGACUCUAAUCUGAUCUAUAGGUCAAAUUUCAAGGAAACCACGGUCAACUAAUGGAAACUAAUGACUCUGAGGAUACUUACAGCAGGUUAGUACGUAAUAGUAUUAAUACAUGGCAAUUACCUGUGAAAAUGUUACAGUUAACUGAAAAAAAUGCUGUAUACUGUUAGAUGUAGAGUUCUUUCCGCCGGGUUUCGUCCACAUGAAAUACAAAAGCAAAACGUAUGGUUCACAUUCGUAAAGGUCAAGCAAAUAAAAUUGAGUGUCGCGUCGUUUACCUCUUUCUAAAGGUAUGCUGGAGAAUUCUACGAUGGAGACAGACGAACACCGGUAUUUAAAUGGUGUUCUUCGCCAUUAGCUUCAGAAGAGGCCGUCUUCCGCCUUCUACGCCCUUGCGAUGAAAGCUUAGUUGCCACUGCCACUCCCAGGAACGUUGCCCACAACUGCGUAUUCAUGGUCGAUUUAGAUCGCUUGCCUCACCAAGAAGAUGUGAAAUGUGAUAAUCUAGGUUCUUGGCGAAACAAUGGAACCAAGAAUCGCGUGUACGAAAUAAAUGAGGAUGGGUACCCUGAACUGGUUGACGAAGAAGAAGCAAGGGAAGCAACAGGCACAUAUACUCUCAAAAGAGUGUACUACAAAAAACAAGGCAGCUCCCGACCUGAAGAAAAACAUCAUGACUUUGAAAGGUAA